AUGAUCUACUUGAAACCUCUGGUUCCGUCAGAGGUGUUAGCUUCGUCUUCAUUCAAAAAGUCAGCGAUAUCAUUACGGAUGCAGAGUCUAUGUGCUCCUCCUCCUGUACACUUUCCGGCCACCGCAAUCCGUCGCUGUCGAACUCCGACGCUCGCCGUUCGUUCCUUACGAGCAGAGAAUGAGCCUUCGAUUCAAUCAGCUUUAGUUUCAGCGUCUCAUCGUCUGCGAGAAACCAAUCGAACAGAGCCUCUUUUCAUCGACCCGUAUGCCGCUUGUUUCUUACCUCCUUACACAAAGAAGGAUUUGGACAUCCAUGAACAACAACAACAUUACUGUCUUGCAACAAAGUUCAUCGAUGAUAAGUUGUUAGAAAUAGCUAAACGCAUUGAUGGGCUAAAGCAGGUUGUAUUGUUCACAGAUGGGAUGGAUACUCGACCUUAUAGGCUUAAUUGGCCAACUUCCACUAUGAUCUUUGAUGUAUCACCGGAAAAAGUUUUCGAAAUAGCAUCUGAAAAGCUUCAAGGCGUGGGAGCUAGGAUCCCUAAAAGUUGCUUAUUCUUUCACAUUCCCGUGGAAUUCGAGAACAUAGAGCAACGUUUACGCUCAAAAGGGUUUAGUGGGAAUCGGCCUAGUAUAUGGGCAAUGCAGGGCUUACCUUUGGAGUCACAAUCAGGUUUUGAAGCUAUUCUAUCGGCCAUUAGUAGCUUGGCCAUGAAUGAAUGCUAUCUCAUAGGAGAAUUGCCUACAAAUAUAACACUACAGUCGGAUUUGUCAAAGUGGAUGGAGAAACUGUUCAUGAGCAAUGGUUUUCGGGUGAAAAUAGUUAGCUAUGAAGAGAUUGCUGCAAGUUUAGGUGUGGUAUUACAUUCACCAGUAAACCAUGACACGGUUCUCUUUAUCGCACAACAGCUCAAGUUUUCAGAUGAUCAGGUAAUGAAUGUCACAACUGGCUAGGUCUCCAUUAUUACUUAUCAACUCAGUGGAUUGUGAAAUUCUUGCAGAUGGAGACAUGGAGACAAGAAUUUCAAAGAGUAGAAGAAGAUGGAGAUGAACAAGGAUUUGAAGAGCUCUGAUGAAGCAAACAAAAUGUUUCUUUUAUAAAUAAGACAAAUUACAAAGCAAAACUGUUUUCUUUUGGAUCAAAAUUUGUGUCUAAACAAGUUUUGAGAAUACAGAAAUCUUGAGAGCUAAGCUUUGGUCUUUAGCUUGGACUUGUUU